AUUUACUUAAUAAAAGUGAAGUGUACUAAAAAGAUGCAUUCUGCUUUUUUUCUACUAUUCUUUCACAGUUGGAAUCAACACUAAACUUUAAGAUGGCAAUGACCCUGAUCUGUUUUGCAGUUAAAUCAAGAAUCAAGACAUGCAUUAACUUUGCUUGCAGUGGCAAAAUCUACUUGCCCCCAAAAGAUAUGUUGGCCACAGCAAAUGUUCACACUUCAUUGAUUUUAAAUGGAAGUGUGUGUUCGUGUGUGUGUGUGUGCGCGUGUGUGCUUGUGGACUUGCUGUAUGUGAGCUGAUGAAAGCAGUAAAUGUCCUGGAUGCUUCCCGUGCUUUGUCACUGCUCGCCAGUGACAGUGGUACCCAUUCAACCAGCCCAGAAGACGUUUCCUUUGCUUUGGAGCACUUUCCAGCAGUGUCCAAUGCGAGACCAGCAGCAGGUCAGACACGUAUAUGUGCUUGUGAAUGUAGGCGUACCAGCUCGGUGUAGGGAGAGAUAUACGAUAGCCAAUAGCAGGUGGACUCACAGGGAACCUUACCUAGCUUCCAUUUUCAGCUAGAUUUGGACAUUUUCCAGCUACAGCCACAAGAUAUGUCUCUUGUCUUGGCAGUGUUGGACAAGCUGUCAUAUUUUCUGUCUCUCAUCGGGUUUUGUCUUACAGUUGGCUCAAAUGAAUCUUGACUCAAAGCCAAGAAUCUUCUCUAAAUUAUGAUUCCAAGGUUUAGGGUUUGAUAAAAUGCUUAUUCAACACCUGGACAUCAUCUGAGACUUGUGUGAUCAAAGACAGAAGGCUCCGAUCCAACCAUCACAAUGCGGUGGUGUUUCGUCAGGUUGUACCAUGCGUUUGCCAUGAUGCUGUGUAUGUCGGCAGGGGAGGACUUUGACUGGACAAAAACUGAAAAAACAUCUUUCUAUUUUGGGACCUUUCCGACAGGUUUCACCUGGGGGGCUGGCAGUUCUGCUUAUCAGACCGAGGGAGCCUGGAAUGUUGAUGGCAAAGGAAUGAGCAUCUGGGAUGCUUUUUCCCAUAAAAAGGGAAAAAUAUUCCAAAAUCAAACAGGAGAUUCCUCGUGUAAUGGUUUUUACAAAUUUAAGGAUGACAUUAACCUAAUGAAAGAGAUGAAGCUCAAUCAUUAUCGUUUCUCCAUCUCCUGGCCAAGAAUUUUACCAAGCGGACUCAAAGGUGAAUACAUCAAUGAAAAAGGAAUUAAAUAUUACAAUGACCUGAUCAACAUGUUGCUGGAAAAUAAGAUCAUUCCAGUUGUUACUUUAUAUCACUGGGAUUUACCACAGGUGUUACAGGAGAAAUAUGGUGGCUGGCAGAACGUCAGCAUGGUCAACUACUUCAAUGACUUUGCCAAUUUAUGCUUUGAAAGGUUCGGCAGCCGCGUGAGGUAUUGGAUCACAUUCAACAAUCCCUGGUCGAUUGCUGUAGAAGGAUAUGAAACAGGGGAACAUGCACCAGGUUUGAAGAUGAAAGGAACUGGCGCUUAUAGAGCUGCACAUCAUAUUAUCAAGGCACAUGCUAAGGUUUGGCACACAUACGACAAGGGAUGGAGGAGGAAACAGAAAGGUUUAGUUGGCAUCUCGCUGACAGCUGACUGGGGUGAACCAGUAGACACCAGCAACCAGAAAGACAUUGAAGCGGCAGAGCGAUACAUCCAAUUCUACCUGGGAUGGUUUGCCACACCCAUCUUCAAUGGAGACUACCCUCAGAUUAUGAAAGAAUACAUUGGCAGGAAGAGUGGCCAACAGGGCCUUGGAGCUUCGCGGCUGCCGGUAUUCUCAGCACAGGAAAAGAGUUACAUCAAGGGUACCUGUGACUUCCUGGGCCUCGGCCACUUCACAACUCGUUAUGUCACCCAAAAAAGUUAUCCAUCGAGCAUUGGAGACAGCUACUUUGCAGAUCGAGACCUGGCGGAGUUGGUUGACCCACAGUGGCCUGACCCUGGCUCUGAAUGGCUCUAUUCUGUGCCCUGGGGCUUCAGACGCUUGUUGAACUUUGUCAAGACUCAGUACAGGAACCCAAUGAUCUAUGUGACAGAAAACGGCGUAUCAGAGAAGACACUGUGCACUGACCUCUGUGAUGACUGGAGGAUGCAAUACUACAAAGAUUACAUCAAUGAGAUGCUCAAAGCUGUCAAGGAUGGGGUAAAUGUCAAGGGCUACACUGCCUGGUCCCUCCUGGAUAACUUUGAGUGGAAUGAAGGCUACUCCGAAAGAUUUGGCCUCUACUAUGUCGACUUCAGGAACAAAAACAAACCACGGUACCCAAAGGCUUCAGUCCAUUACUAUAAACGCAUCAUCAGCUCUAAUGGCUUUCCCAAUCAGAGAGAGGUGGAGGGUUGGAAGAGGAAAGCAAUAGAGACGUGUUCUUCUAGUAACCAGCUGCUGGCAGCAGAUCCACUGAUAGGCCACAUGGAGAUGGUGACAGAGAUUGUGGUUCCCACUGUGUGUACACUAUGCAUCCUCCUCAGUGCAGUCUUCCUCAUGUUCUUGCUGCAAAGACGCUUGUGAGAUAAAAAGACACCUAAUCAUACCUCAGUGGUCAGCUACAAAUUAAUCAGGUCAAUAUGAGAGUGACAGAUUCAUUUACACGUACAAAGUCAAUAGAAUUUAUUGAAAUGGUGUUUCAUGAUAUUUUAAAUAAACGCUUCAGACUGUAAGCAGAAUAUCAGAAUAGCCUCUACUUGUCAUACUUUGGAAGAAUGGAUUACAGUUUGCUAUUUGACUUUGAUUUCCCCCCUUGGUCAAAUUUCAAACCAUGGGAAAUAAAAGUUGACCCCUGUGAAUUAUUGUGCCAAAUCAAUUUUGAAACAUUUUGGUUAUAUGGUCACACAAGUUAAGCAAACUAAACAACUUGUUCAAUGAAUAUCACAAAUAAAG